AUGGCAACCAUAUUCAUACCCCCAUCGCCUCAGACCUCCUUGAACAUGUCGACUCGCCGCCCGCUCGCCAACGUGCCGAAUGCAACCAAUUCUCCCCACAGGGCAGGACUCGUGCCUGCGAAACGAGCUCGCUCCACUCAGAUUGAGAUUCCUUAUGGCCAGCCACCACCUAAGAAGCAGGUGAUGGAGGAGACGGACCAAGAUGCUCGUUCUCCUCGCAGCAAGUCGACCGCGUACCAGGGUGCCGAGUCGAAGCUCUUCGCCCGCCGGUCGAAUAAUACCAACCCGAGCGCUUUCGAGAAGAAGCUGGUUGCUGCCCGAGAAAAGGAAAGACAGCCACAGAUGAAGGGGACCAGACAGGAGAAGCCCUCCGCCGAAACUUUGGAUACUAUUCGACAAUGGCAGAGGCACUACAGGAAGGCUUUCCCGCAAUUUGUUUUCUACUUCGAUGGCAUUCAAGAAGAGGUUCGACGAAAAUGCUCUCGCCAGGUCAUUGCUUUGGGAGCUGUAAGUGUUCGAUCCUGCAUGAUUUUCAUGAAAUCGCGUCUUUUCAAGUUUGGGCGUGUCGGCCACCUUUCAAGCAAACCAACCUUAAUUUUUGAGUCUUCUCAUCGGAGCUUUUGGUCUCACAGUACUGACUACUUUACAGCGCGAGGAGAAAUUUUUCUCGCGUCUAGUCACCCACGUUGUGACUGCCCGUCCUAUUCCCCCCAAGCCACCACAAGCCCAACAGAGCCGGAGUCGGCCGCAGAGACGGCCAAUGGUGAUGUUCAUAUGCAGACUGUGGAUCCUUCGCUGCUGGAGAAGAAUGGGGAAUCCCAUGGGGUAUCUCUCAAGAAUGAGAACCGUCGCGAUCAGGGUACCAUGGAUGUGCUGCAGCGGGCUCGGCAGAUGAGCAUGAAGAUCUGGGCAUUGGAAAAGCUGCAACGGAUGAUUGCCACGAUUAAUGAUAGCGACAUUGGGAACCAGCAUGAUACUACUCGCAACAAGGCUGUUGGCAGCACCACGCACGGCAAGGGCGAGACAGACCUCUCGCGGGUUCUUCGACAGGAACUACUGAAUGGGCCGUCUGACCGUGAUCCGUUGUCUUCGAUGGAGAUGCUCAUGUUCAAGGGCCCCUUCGUCUAUAUUCACGACAUGAACGAGAAGACCAAGCCGGUUAUGGUGCGCGAAUACUCACGGGUCACCCGGCGGCAGGAUGGAGCGUGGCCUCAAUUUCGAAGUGCUCCCUUGGGCAAAUGCCCUUUCAUCGAUGAGCCGCCGAGCCGGAAAGAAUACGAUCGACUCCGAAUGCGUCAACUACAGAAGGAGAAGAAGGCGGCCGCGGCCACAAAUGAUGAUUCCCGCAGCGCCAAACAGACUGCGGCGCCUGCCGUGGGAAAGGUCCCCGAAUCGAAGCCCGCGCCGGAGUUCUUGAAGUCCAAACAGCCCGAUGAGCCAGAGCAGCGCGUAUCGCCUCCCACUCAACCAGAGAUGGCAAAGCCUUCCUUUGAUGAGACCCACGAGCGAAAGAGCUCCGAGAGCUUCCUUGCACCUCAUUUCCCUCGGACUGGGGCUUUCUACACUGGCCGUGAACCUGCCGCGUCUGGCGUGCAGCCAUCGAACAUUACGUCCGCAAUUCGGUCUCAGAUGAUUUCGUCUACUGCAGCAGCACCGGGAGCAAAGGCCGGGUUGAGCAAAGAAGUCCACGGACUGAAGCGCAAGGUUCUCGAAAAGGGAACCGCUGGUAUUGUCACCGGGUCGAUGGCAGCUCCGCAGCGCCACGGAGAUGGAUCAGCGUUGUACCCGUCCAAGACUCAGAACAACCACCCUACCAAGUCAACUGUACCGGAGAAAAAUGGUCUUGCACAUGACGAUAGUACCCACCGUUCUGAGGCUGCGGGCGCUAAACGACGACGUGAUGAUGGCAAGAACAACAGUGAGCAGAAGAAGCCCGAGAGACGGAGGGAUCCGAAACCUGGAUAUUGCGAGAACUGCCGAGACAAGUUCGAUGACUUUGAAGAUCAUACCCUCACACGAAAGCAUCGUCGGUUUGCCGCCAACUCCACCAACUGGGCUGAACUGGAUGCGUUACUGUUUGAGAUUCAACGACCCCUGAAGGAGGAAUAUGAACUUGAUGAGUAA